AUGCCUGGGGUUACAGAUACUCGCCGAUCGGUGCUCAUCACAGGAUGCUCUCCCGGCGGCAUCGGGAACUCGCUCGCGCGUGAGUUUCAUCGCCAGGGCCUGCGCGUGUUUGCGACCGCCCGCGAUGCCACCUCCAUUUCAGACUUGGCCGAUGUUGGCAUCGAGACCCUAAGUUUGGUGGUGGAUGACACAAACAGCGUCAAGAGCUGUUUUACGGUCGUAGAGUCCAGGCUUGGAGACAAGGGUCUGGACUAUCUCGUGAACAAUGCGUGA